AUGCAUUCUUUAAUUUCAAUUGUUGGAAUAGCUCUUUCUGGUAAAGAGAAUUAUCAUGAAUCGUUUCGUAAAGUUAAGAAUACUCUUAUUUUUGAUAAUAUGUGGGAUGAUGUCUGUGAAAGCAAAGGUGAUAGUGAAGCGCCAAAGCAGCCUACAGAUGCAAAAGAACUCAUCUUCUGGAAGAGUAAAGACAAAAAGGCUUAUGCUUUGAUUGCUGCCUCCGUUAGUGAAGAGGUGAGUAGAAAUAUAAUCUCUUGUAAGACUGCAUUUGAAGAUUUGAAAAAACUCAAAGAUCUUUAUGAUUCUCAUUUAGAGCUUGAAAUUAUACAAUUAUUAAUGAAAUUAUUCAACUUAGAGAUGCAAGAUAAUGAUCCGAUGAAGUUAGCCUCUGAAAUCAGAGCUCUUUAUCAUGAUAUUGGGGCCACUGGUGUAAAAGUUGAUCUACAACUCACUGCUUUUAUUAAAGCCCUGUAUCCUACCUAUUCACACUAUCUUGAGUCUCUUCAAGAUACUGAAAAGAUGAAAGACAUAACAUUUGAUAAAAUUGUGGAGAAAAUUGCAGAGAGAGAAAAAGCCUUUGGGAAGAAGGCAUCACAUUCCAAUGAUGAGACUCUACGUCUUGCACAACAGGGGCAUACAUCCAAAGAUGAAUCUUCUAGACAUGACACUAGCAGUAGAGGUCGUGGCAGUCGUCAAUCUAGAGGAAGAGGGGGUAGAAAUCAUCAAGGUGAUAGACAACAUUCGCAGCCUCAACACCAACAUAGAGACUACCAACACAAAGACAUCCAGUUAAGAGACAAACAAUCUAUGCAGUGCUAUAGAUGUGGAAAAAUGGGUCAUAGUGCCACUCUUUGCAGAACUCCUUGGGAGAAGAUUCGUGACAAGAAAGAGCAGCCACCAGACAAAGGUAAUCCUCUAGAGUUUGUUCAUUAUGUUGUAGCACAUUGUAACCUUUGGAUUGAUGGAGUAGUUUAUUUUGUAGACAAGUCUCAGUUAAAACCUUUAGGAAUUGGAUCUGUUAGACUUAAAUUACCAGGACUUGCUGAUUACAUACUUUCUAAUGUUCUUUAUCUUCCACAAUUGAAGAGAAAUUUGAUAUCCCUUGCGCAUAUUAGACAACAAGAUCAUUCAAUACAUAUUUUUGAUGGCAUCAUUGAGAUGAGAUGA